GGCGCUCUAGUUGGCCCGGGCCAGGGGCCUGGCUGCGGAGGCUCCGGCGGAGGCUGCCCGUUUAGUAAGGGGACCGCGGGCACCGCUGCAGGUUGCUACGAGCUGUGAAGUCACUGCGGAGCAGCCGCCCCAUGGGGAGCGGGGUGUGCCGGCGGGGACGCAUCUGAGUCGGUCGGGGAGCUGCAAAGAGGACCCAGCAGGAGAUGAGCUCUCUGGUUUAUCCCAGCCUGGGCAUGAAGGACCGCAAAGCAGUGGCCAUCCUGCACUACCCCGGGGUGGGCAUGAAUGUCAGCAAGGCCAGCACAGGACCCCACAUCACCAGUGCGGGCAUGAUGGCCCCCUCUGCGUCCCCCCCGCCCUCAAAGCAGCCAUCCUUCACCCUGCCAACAGCCCCUCACCUGCUGGCCAGCAUGCAGCUGCAGAAACUCAACAGCCAGUACCAUGCCAUGGGGGUCUCAGGGCACCCGGCAGAGGCUGGGUCCAUCCAGAGCUGGGGCUUUGGAGCCCAGCCCCUGGGCCAAGGGGCACUGGCUCCCCCUGCUGGCGCCCACAGCCCUGGCAUUAUUGAUUCUGAUCCAGUGGACGAGGAGGUGCUGAUGUCACUGGUGGUGGAACUGGGCCUGGAUAGAGCUAAUGAGCUCCCAGAGCUGUGGCUGGGCCAGAACGAGUUUGACUUUGCUGCAGAUUUCCCUUCCAGCCGCUGAUGCCAGACUGACCUCGACCACAGGCAACCCUGGCAGAGGACUUUAACAGGACAGCCGCCAAGGGCUGGCUGGCCUGAUGGACCUGGCCCUCCAGCCAACUGAGGCCUCUGGGCCUGGUUCCUACUACAGCUGAGUACCCCUCUACAAGGCUGCACCUGUGCGGUUCAGGACAGUUCGGUGCAGCUGGAGAAACUACAGCGCGGCUGGUACUCCAUGGGCUUCUCUGAGCUGUGUGACCUAGCGCCCGGUGGGGUUGCACCUUGCUGUGCAGGGCCAGCGUCUCCUGCUGGAUGGAUGGCCGGUGCUGGAUGGGGGAAUGGUGCCCUGGGGACUAAAUCCCAAACUGGUGCUGGAGAAGGAAGCGGACUGGCAGGAGAACGUAGCAGGGCGGAAGCUGAAGACUGAGGAAUGGAGGCUCACGCAAUAUGUACACCCCUGCUGUGGCCUGGGAAGGGCUGCCUCAACAGGGUCUCUCACACAGCUCCCAGGGACCAGAGCUGUAUCUCCCACCCCUGCAGGGGGCCAGUGACUUGCUUUACAGAGGAGACCACCAGGGGCUAAGCACAGUACCUGCACUGCUGGGGGUGCUGGGACAAGGUUGGGGGGCAGGGUCUGUUUCUGCAACAGUGUGGGGC